CUGUCUCUGCCUGCAGCUGCAGGCGCAGGAGGUGAUGCAGCAGGCCCUGCGCAAGGAGCGGAGGCAGCAGCAGUGCCGUGCCGAUGAGCUGCAGGAGCAGCUGCAGCAUGCCACAGAGCGGGCGAGUGCGUUGGAGCUGGCAGGUGCCGUGCUGCAACAGCAGCUGAACAGCAGCCAGCGGGCGCUACGGGACCAGGAGCAGCAGAGUCAGAGCCUGCAACACCACAGGAGCCAGCUGGAGACAGAGGCACAGGAGCUGCGGGAGCAGCUGCGGCAGUGCCAGGCCCAGCUCCAAGGGGCCCAGCAGCAGGCCAAACACCAUGAGGCUGCCCUAGGGCAGCUGCAGGAGGCGCUGCAGGCAGCAGAGGCCCGCGCAGGGCAGAGCCAGGUGGCUGCCAUGGAAACUGCGCGGGAGCUGCAGCAGGCACGUGCCAGCAGCCAGCAGGAACUGGCUGCCGCCCUGGGACAGGUAUGGAAGAGACCACUGCACCCCCACCAACCCAGGGCACGGGCCCAACAAACAGGUGCCAGCAGCACCCAUGUCCCGAGCAGGGGGGCCCCCAGGAGCAGUCUGCACCCACCCAUGCAUGCACACACCCUGCUGCGAAGGGCCCAUGCUCUGGGGCCAGUUACUCCACUGCUGCACGCCCUGGGGCCCCCUGGGCUGGGGCUGGGGCGGGCUGUGCUGGUGCCCAGGGCGGUGUCACUCUUGCAGGCUGACGUCCUGCGCUCCUCACUUGAAGCUGCCCGUGCCGACAGCCAGCGACUGCAGCGUGAGAGCGAGCUGGUGCUGGCAGAUGUGCGGCAGUGGGCCACGGAGCAGAAACGAGCCAACGAGAGGCUGGGGCAGAAGCUGCGGGAGCAGAGCAAGGAGCUGGUGCGGCUGACAGGGGAGCGGGAGCACCUGCAGGAGACCCUGGUCCAGCUGCAGCAGCAGAACAAGCACAUUGCAGCCACAGCACAGCAGCAGCGCAUCACCUGCGAGCGCCUCAGGGCGCUCCAGGACUGCAGCGUGGACGCAGGGGUGCUGCUGCACUCACCGUGGCUGCCGCUGCCCGGAGAAGACUGAGGUCCUGCCUGUGCACAGCAACCGCUUCCACCUCCCAGCACUGCUGACCAUGAGCCCCGGCAGGCAGCACAGCCUUGUCCCUGGCAGAAACCACGCGCAACAGCUCUGGGGGAGCAGGGGGCACAGGGCUGCAUGAGGCCAGCACCUGCAGGGACUGUGACUACCCCAGCAGGCAGGAGCACAGCCCCUGGUGUCAUUAAAGUGGUGCAGGCACAGUCUUCGCAGCCCCAGCGUUUCCUGCAACAGGGCAGGGAGCACAAGCGGGGUGGAGGGGGCACAUGCCAGCAGCCAUGGUGCUGCCUUUUCACCGCCACCUUGCAUGGAGGUGGUCGCAGGGCAGGCAGGGUUGUGCCAAGCUGACAGGCUGCAGUGGAAGGUCAAGCUAUGGUAGGCUGCCCACAGGGCCCCGCUCAGACAGCCCUGUGAAUGCACCGUGCCCCCUGCCACGCAAAGGGAGGCCCCUGUGCCCCGCGCUGCCCACAGCAGGGGCAGAUCCUUGUCCCCAAGCCUGUGGUCCACUGGC